UUUUUUUUUCCCGAGGAGGUUGCAAACAGGGAAAUUCAAACUGGGUAAUUCUGUGCUGUGGUUACUUCUACAGCCAAGACCAGAUUUCUCUUAGAAAAAGUGUUUGCUCUGUUCCUUCUUUCCCCACUCCCUCUUUUUCUUCCCUAUAAGCACAAAGGCUUUAAAAACUAUGAUCUGUAGUUCUUUUUGCUUUUUCACAUUACCGUGACAGCAUGUAUCUCUGUUGCUGAAGAAUGAAACAGGCAGGCUGGAGUUUUUUUAUGUUCAGUGCUUUUGGGACCACUACAGAGAAGUCCACAGAGAAAUAUGUACAGCAACUGUGCCAACUGAGUUUCUUGUGCCUGUUAUCUGUCACUUACUCUGACUAAAAGGGUGAAAGAAUGAUGUGAUGGAGGUGAAUAUGGGCCGCUGGUCAGGCUCACGGCCACCUCCGUCAUGCCUUGCCCUUCUGAUUGUCAAGGUCCUGGCCUCUGUUUGCCAGGUAGUUCAUGGGACCUCCCUUCUUGGCUUUCAGUUUACACAUUCCACUUACAAUGCUACAGUGUACGAGAAUUCUGCAGCCAGGACCUAUGUCAACAGUCCCACAAGGAUGGGCAUUACCUUGGCUGACCUUUCAUGGGAUAUCAAGUACAGGAUAGUGUCUGGUGAUGACGAGGGCUUUUUUAAAGCAGAGGAAGUUGUCAUUGCUGACUUUUGCUUCCUAAGAAUAAGGACUAAAGGUGGGAAUUCUGCUAUAUUGAACAGAGAAAUCCAGGACAACUAUUUAUUGAUGGUGAAAGGGUCUGUCAGAGGAGAGGACUUGGAAGCAUGGACAAAAGUGAACAUCCAGGUUUUGGAUAUGAAUGACUUAAGACCUUUGUUUUCACCAACCACAUACUCUGUCACAAUAGCAGAAAGCACUCCUCUAAGGACUAGCAUUGCACAGGUGACUGCAACAGAUGCGGAUAUUGGGUCCAAUGGUGAAUUUUAUUAUUACUUCAAAAACAAAGUUGAUCUCUUCUCAGUGCAUCCUACAAGUGGUGUUAUCUCCUUAAGUGGCCGGUUAAACUACGAUGAGAAAAACAGAUAUGAUCUUGAGAUUUUGGCUGUGGACCGUGGGAUGAAGCUUUAUGGAAACAAUGGUGUAAGCAGCACUGCCAAGCUUUAUGUUCAUAUUGAACGUAUAAAUGAACAUGCCCCAACAAUAAACGUAGUAACCCAUAUUCCCUUUCUAUCAGACAAAGAGCCUACCUAUGCAGUCGUUAACAUUGAUGACCUAGAUGAAGGAGCCAAUGGAGAAAUAGAAUCUGUUUCUAUUGUGGCUGGAGAUCCACUAGAACAGUUCUUUCUCACUAAAGAAGGUAAAUGGAUGAAUGAGUACAAAAUCAAAGAAAGAAAGCCUAUUGAUUGGGACAGCUUCCCCUACGGUUAUAACCUGACUCUCCAAGCGAAAGACAAAGGAUCUCCUCAGAAAUUUUCUGCUGUCAAACUGGUCCACAUUGCUAGUCCAAAGAAAGAAAGUAUCCCCAUUAAGUUUGAAAAGGAAGCAUAUGAUGUUGUGAUCAGUGAAUUUUCACCUCCUGGUGUGGUGGUUGCAGUAGUUAAGCUGAUGCCUGAGCCACAGGGUGUGGAAUAUAGAAUAUCUCCGAGUGAGGGAGCGGAGUAUUUUAAGAUCAAUCCGAACACAGGCCUUAUUAUUACUGCUCGUCCUUUGAAAAUCAUUGAGAAGGACCUCUAUGAAUUAGAAGUAUACACAAACAAAGGUGGUGAUUUAAAAGCACAGGUUACUGUCAGGUUAGAAGAUGCCAACGAUCAUACUCCAGAAUUCCAGCAGCCCUCCUACAACUCAUUCAUCAAUGAGAGUGUCCCUGUGGGAUCUAGCGUUUUGGCAGUUUCAGCAGUGGAUGAGGACAGGGGAGAAAAUGGAUACAUAACAUACAGCAUUGCCAGUCUGAACUCACUGCCUUUUACAAUAAAUCAGUUUACAGGUAUCAUCAGCACAUCAGAAGAACUGGAUUUUGAGUCCUCACCAGAAAGCUACAGGUUCAUUGUGAGAGCUUCCGACUGGGGUUCUCCGUACCGCCACGAAAGCGAGGUGAAUGUCACCAUAUACAUAGGCAACGUCAAUGAUAACAAACCCCUCUUUGAAAAGGUGGCAUGUCAGGGAGUGAUUUCUUCUGAUUUUCCUGUUGGUGGUCACAUCACUGCUGUUUCUGCAAUAGACAUAGAUGAGUUAGAGCUUGUGAAAUAUAAAAUAAUCUCUGGAAAUGAACUUGGCAUUUUUUAUUUAAAUCCUGACUCAGGUGUCCUGCAACUUAAAAAAUCUUUAGUUAAUUCUGGCAUAAAGAACAGCAAUUUUGCCCUUAAGAUAACAGCAACGGAUGGAGAGAACUUCGCUGAUGCUAUGUUUGUUAAUAUUUCGGUAGUUCAUGGGAAAGUGUCUUCAAAGACCUUUAGCUGUAGAGAAACUAGAGUUGCUCAGAAGCUAGCAGAAAAAUUACUCAAAAAGGCAAAAGCAAAUGUGAAGCUGAAUUUGGAAGAUGGUUUUUUUGAUUUUUAUUCGGUGAAUAGGCAGGCACCGCAUUUUGACAAAUCCUUCCCUACUGAUAUAAAGGUUUCAGAGGAUCUGCCUGUUGAUGCCAGCAUCCUGAGGAUAAAAGCCUAUGAUGGAGACUCAGGCUUUAAUGGAAGAGUACUUUAUACAAUUUCUGAUGGUAAUGUGGAUAGUUGUUUCAACAUUGAUAUGGAGACAGGGGUACUUAAUGUUCUUAUGCCUUUGGACCGUGAAAAAACAGAGCUUUAUCUCCUUAAUAUUACAAUUUAUGAUCUAGGUAAUCCUCAGAAAUCUGCGUGGAGACUGUUGACUGUCACUGUGGAGGAUGCAAAUGAUAACAAGCCUGUUUUUUUACAAGACAGUUACUCAGUUAGUAUUUUAGAAAGUACAAGUCUUGGUACAGAAAUUAUCCAGGUAGAAGCCAGGGAUAAAGACCUGGGAUCUAAUGGUGAAGUGACUUACUCAGUACUGACAGACACCCAACAAUUUGCAAUCAACAGUUCUACAGGAAUGGUGUAUGUGGCUGAUCAACUAGACCGGGAAUCAAAAGCAAACUACACGCUGAAGAUCGAGGCUAGGGACAAAGCAGAGAGUGGCCAUCAGCAGUUUUCAGUUGUGCCUCUGAAGGUGUUUUUGGAUGAUGUCAAUGAUUGCUCUCCAGCCUUUAUACCAUCCAGCUACAGUGUGAAGGUCCUUGAGGACUUGCCAGUUGGCACUGUCAUAGCUUGGUUGGAAACUCACGAUCCAGAUCUCGGCUUGGGAGGCCAAGUCCGUUACUCCCUGGUGAACGAUUACAAUGGACGGUUUGAGAUAGACAAGGCGAGCGGCGCCAUCCGCUUGAACAAGGAGCUGGAUUAUGAAAAGCAGCAGUUCUACAACCUGACUGUGCGUGCCAAGGACAAGGGGCGCCCAGUUUCUCUCUCUUCUGUUUCUUUUGUGGAAGUCGAAGUGGUGGAUGUUAACGAAAAUCUCUAUACCCCCUAUUUUUCUGACUUUGCUGUCAUUGGAUCUGUAAAGGAAAACUCCCGCAUUGGUACAAGUGUUUUGCAAGUUGUUGCUCAAGAUGAGGACUCUGGAAGGGAUGGAGAGAUCCAGUAUUCCAUCAGGGAUGGCAGCGGCCUGGGGAGAUUCAGCAUAGAUGAAGAAACUGGAGUUAUCUACACAGCAGAUAUUCUUGACCGGGAGACAACCGAAUCCUACUGGUUGACAGUAUACGCGACUGAUCAUGGUGUUGUCCCACUCUACACUACCAUCGAAGUCUACAUUGAAGUGGAGGAUGUGAAUGACAAUGCUCCUCUCACCUCUGAACCUAUCUAUUACCCAGCUGUCAUGGAAAACUCCCCGAAGGAUGUAUCUGUCAUUCAGAUCCAAGCCCAAGACCCUGACUCUGGCACUAAUGAAAAACUGACUUACCGGAUUACAAGUGGAAAUCCUCAGAACUUCUUUGUAAUCAAUCCCAAAACAGGUCUGAUUACAACAACAUCAAGAAAAUUGGAUCGGGAACAGCAAGCAGAGCAUUUUUUGGAGGUAACCGUGUCAGAUGGGAGCACAUCUCCCAAGCAGUCCUCCGUUUGGGUGGUGAUCCAGGUUCUGGAUGAGAAUGAUAAUAAACCUCAGUUUCCAGAGAAAGUCUAUCAGAUAAAACUGCCAGAGAGGGACCGUAAGAAAAGAGGGGAGCCGAUCUACAGAGCUUUUGCUUAUGACAAAGACGAAGGCCCAAAUGCAGAAAUCUCGUACAGCGUUGUGGAUGGAAACGAGGAUGGCAAAUUUUUUAUUGAUCCCAAAACUGGGAUGGUUUCUUCCAGAAAGCAGUUCACAGCAGGGAGUUAUGACAUCUUAACAAUAAAAGCAGUGGACAAUGGCCGGCCCCAAAAAUCUUCAACUGCGCGCCUCCAUAUCGAGUGGAUAAAAAAGCCUGCGCCCUCGCCCAUCCCCCUGACUUUCGAUGAACCCUUUUACAACUUCACCAUCAUGGAAAGCGAUAAAGUGACAGAAAUCGUUGGGGUGGUCUCUGUGCAGCCAUCUAACAUUCCUCUGUGGUUUGAUAUUGUUGGAGGGAAUUACGAUAGUUCUUUCGACGCGGAGAAGGGAGUGGGCACUAUUGUCAUUGCAAAGCCCUUGGAUGCAGAGCAGAGGUCAAUAUAUAAUAUGACUGUGGAGGUCACCGAUGGAACAAACAUUGCCACGACUCAGGUUCUUAUCAAAGUGUUGGAUAACAAUGAUAAUGGCCCAGAAUUCUCUCACCCAAGUUACGAUGUCACCAUUUCAGAGGACAUCCUCCCUGAUACUGAAAUUCUGCAAAUUGAAGCUAUAGACAGAGAUGAAAAGCAUAAGUUGAGCUACAUUAUUCACAGCAGCAUCGACACAGUCAGCAUGAGAAAAUUCAGAAUUGAUCCCAGCACUGGAGUGCUCUAUACUGCUGAGAGAUUAGACCACGAAGCUCAAGAUAAGCACAUCCUUAAUGUCAUGGUCCGAGAUCAAGAAUUCCCUUAUAGAAGAAACCUGGCCAGAGUCAUCAUAAAUGUGGAAGACUCCAAUGACCACAGUCCAUAUUUCACCAGCCCACUGUACGAAGCCUCAGUGUUUGAAUCCGCAGCAGUUGGAUCAGCAGUCUUGCAGGUCACGGCUUUGGACAAAGAUAAAGGAGAAAAUGCAGAGCUUAUCUACACUAUUGAAGCAGGAAAUACAGGAAACACAUUCAAGAUUGAACCAGUUUUGGGGAUCAUUACAUUAAUGAAGGAGCCAGACUUAACCACAAUGGGACAGUUUGUUUUGUCAGUCAAAGUGACUGAUCAAGGUUCUCCACCACUGUCUGCAACAGCAAUUGUGCGGAUUUCUGUGACAAUGGCAGAUAACUCCCACCCUAAGUUCAUACUCAAAGAAUACCAAGCAGAGGUCAAUGAAAAUGUGGAUAUUGGUACUUCUGUCAUCUCUCUCUCUGCAAUCAGUCAGUCCACAUUAGUUUAUGAGGUUAAAAAUGGGAAUGUGGAUGGAGUCUUCACUAUAAACCCCUACUCUGGAGUGAUCACCAGUCAAAAGGCCCUUGAUUAUGAACGUGCUUCAUUCUAUCAGCUCAUCGUACAGGCAACAAAUAUGGCAGGCAUGGCUUCGAAUGCCACUGUGAACAUUCAGAUUGUUGAUGAAAAUGAUAACCCACCAGUUUUUCUCUUCUCUCAGUACUCAGGAAGCAUAAGUGAAGCUGCUCCUGUAAAUAGCAUAGUCCGGAGUGCGAAUAACAGUCCCCUGGUGAUACGUGCCACCGAUGCUGACAGCAACCAGAAUGCUUUGCUUGUCUACCAAAUUGUUGAAUCUACUGCAAAAAAGUAUUUCACGGUAGAUUCCAGCACAGGUGCAAUCAGUACAAUUGCAAAUUUAGAUCAUGAAACAAUAGCCCACUUCCACUUUCAUGUGCAUGUCAGAGACAGUGGGAAUCCUCAGCUUACAGCCGAAAGCCCAGUUGAAGUGACCAUUGAGGUAACUGAUGUCAAUGACAACCCACCAGUCUUCAGCCAAGCUGUAUUUGAGACAGUUUUGCUCCUUCCCACGUAUGUUGGUGUUGAGGUACUCAAAGUCAAGGCUACAGACCCAGAUUCAGAGAUCCCUCCUGAACUAACAUACAGUCUAAUUGAAGGCAAUAUGGACCAUUUUUUAAUUGAUUCAAACACAGGGGUGCUCACUAUUAAAAACAAUAGCCUCUCCAAAGACCAUUAUAGGCUAAUAGUAAGAGUAUCUGAUGGGAAAUUUUAUAGCACUGCUAUGGUGACAAUAAUGGUAAAAGAAGCCAUGGAUAGUGGUCUCCAUUUUACACAAACUUUUUAUUCCACUUCUAUCUCAGAAAACAGCACCAAUAUCACAAAGAUCGCUGUGGUGAAUGCUGUUGGUAACCGCCUCAACGAGCCUUUGAAAUACAGUAUAUUAAACCCAGGCAACAAAUUUAAAAUCAAAUCCACCUCGGGAGUCAUCGAGACAACUGGCAUCCCCUUCGAUCGAGAGGAACAAGAGCUGUAUGAGUUGGUGGUAGAAGCAAGCCGUGAGCUAGAUCACCUUCGUGUCGCUCGCGUGGUGGUAAGGGUUUACAUUGAGGACAUAAAUGACAAUGCCCCAGUGUUUGUGGGGCUCCCCUACUAUGCUGCUGUGCAAGUCGAUGCUGAGCCCGGCACCCUGAUAUAUCGAGUGACGGCUAUUGAUAAAGAUAAGGAUGAAAAUGGUGAGGUGUCUUAUCUUCUGAAGGAAGACUACGGACAUUUUGAAAUUGAUAGAGAGUCUGGCAGUGUCACUUUAAAAGCACCCUUCAAUUCGGAUUUAUCUAAUAUAGAGUAUUUGGUUGUCAUUCUUGCAAAAGAUGGUGGUAACCCGUCAUUAUCUGCUUUGGUGGAGCUCCCCAUUACUAUUGUUAACAAAGCGAUGCCUGUAUUUGACAAGCCCUUCUAUACAGCUUCUGUGAAUGAAGAUGUAGAAAUGCACACACCAAUCUUAAGCAUAAAUGCAACGAGUCCAGAAGGCCAGGGUAUCAUUUAUAUCAUCGUCGAUGGAGAUCCCUACAACCAGUUUAAUAUUGACUUUGAUACUGGAGUUCUGAGUGUCAUCAGCCCACUGGACUAUGAAGUAAAUUCUCUUUUCAAGCUAAUGGUGCGAGCCAGUGAUGCUCUCACUGGUGCUCGAGCUGAGGUCACUGUGGACUUGAUCAUUAAUGAUGUGAAUGAUAAUCCUCCAGUGUUUGAUCAGUCGGCUUAUAACGCUACUUUGUCUGAAGCAUCUUUGAUUGGGACUCCUGUACUGCAGGUUGUAGCUGUUGAUGCUGACUCUGGCAACAACAAGAUUGUGCAGUAUCAAAUAGUCCAGGACACCUUUAACAGCACGGACUAUUUCCAUAUAGAUAGCACCAGUGGCCUGAUUCUAACAGCCCGGAUGCUGGAUCACGAACUCAUACAGCAGUGCAGCUUGAAAGUCAGAGCAACAGAUAAUGGGUUCCCACCAUUAAGCAGUGAGGUUCUUGUUAGUAUCUCAAUAACAGAUAUGAACGACAACCCUCCAGUUUUUAACCAGUUGAUAUAUGAAUCUUAUGUGAGUGAACUGGCACCUCGGGGCCAUUUUGUUACUUGUGUCCAAGCCUCUGAUGCCGACAGCUCUGAUUUUGACAGACUGGAGUACAGCAUCUUAUCAGGAAAUGAUCGGACCAGUUUUCUUAUGGACAGCAAGAGUGGUGUUAUCACACUUUCCAACCAUCGAAAACAGAGAAUGGAGCCCAUGUACAGCCUCAAUGUCUCUGUGUCAGACGGGCUGUUCACCAGCACAGCUCAGGUGCACAUACAAAUCCUUGGAGCCAACCUCUACAGCCCUGUGUUUUCACAGAGUGUUUACGUUGCAGAGGUUAGAGAAAAUGCUGCUCCUGGAACUAAGGUAAUCCACGUGAAGGCAACAGAUGGGGAUUCAGGUGUAUACGGCCAGAUAAGCUACUCUAUUAUAAAUGACUUUGCCAAGGACCGAUUUUUGAUUGAUAGCAAUGGGCAGAUUCUGACAACUGAGAGGUUAGACCGGGAGAAUCUCCUAGAAAGUGAUAUUGGUAUCUUUUUGAGAGCCCUUGAUGGUGGUGGCAGGACUACGUUUUGCACUGUGAGAGUGAUUGUAGUGGAUGAGAAUGACAAUGCUCCCCAAUUUAUGACAGUCGAAUACAGAGCUAGUGUCAAAGCAGAUGUUGGGAAAGGUUAUUUGGUGACCCAAGUGCAAGCAGUAGAUCCAGAUGAUGGAGCCAAUUCUAGAAUUACCUAUUCACUGUAUAGUGAGGCCUCUGUUUCAGUAGCUGAUCUGCUUGAAAUAGAUCCAGAUAAUGGAUGGAUGGUCACCAAGGGUAGCUUUAACCAGCUGAAAAACACAGUUCUCUCAUUCUUUGUAAAAGCACAUUCCCUCAUUCCUGUCUACAUCCAUGUUUUGCCCCCAGAAAUUGUUUUACCUUCCUUUUCUCAACCCCAGUAUUCUUUUACCGUAGCCGAAGACACCCUCAUAGGUAGUACCAUUGACAUUCUACAUGUUUUGCCUAAUCAAGGUGUAUCGUAUAGCACAGUUAAUGGUGAGCUGACUGAAAACAACAAGGAUGGGGUCUUCAUCAUAGAGCAAGACACAGGGCUCCUAAAACUGGAUAAGAGACUUGACCAUGAGACAAAUCCUGCGUUUCACUUCAAAGUCAUGGCCACGAUUCAGUUGGACAAAGUAGACAUUGUGUUGACUGUGGAUGUGGAGGUUAAGGUAUUGGAUGUAAAUGACAACAAGCCCAUGUUUGAAACAGCUAGCUAUGAGGCUAUAAUAAUGGAAGGGAUGCCCAUAGGAACAAAACUUAUGCAAGUUAAAGCGUUUGAUGCAGACUCGAGUGCAAAUGGACAGGUCACGUAUACACUUGCAGUGGAAUCAGAGCUGGAGAAGAUCACGGAAGCAUUCACCAUUGACAGCAACAGUGGCUGGAUUAGCACACUGAAGGAUCUGGACCAUGAGAAGGAUCCUUCUUUCACCUUUGCUGUGGUGGCCUCAGAUCUGGGGGAGGUUUUAUCCUUGUCAUCAACCACCUUGGUCUCCGUUACUGUGACAGAUAUAAAUGAUAACGCACCUGUAUUUGAGCAUGAGGUGUACAGAGGGUCAGUGAAGGAGAGUGACCCUCCAGGGGAAGUUGUGGCUGUUCUCAGCACCUGGGAUGAAGACACGUCUGAUGUGAACCGACAGGUUAGCUACCAUAUUACAGGAGGGAACCCCAAAGGGAAGUUUGCUCUGGGACUGGUUCAGAAUGAGUGGAAGGUUUACGUUAAAAGGCCUCUAGAUCGCGAAGAGCAAGACAUGUAUUAUCUGAACAUCACUGCCACGGAUGGCCUCUUUGUAACCCAAGCUGCUGUGGAAGUGACCGUCACUGAUGUUAAUGAUAAUAAUCCAGUUUGUGAACAGGUUGCAUACACGGCCCUGUUUCCUGAAGACAUUCCAUCAAACAAAGUCAUACUUAAAAUCAGCGCUAAAGAUGCUGACAUUGGGUCCAAUGGUGAAAUUCGCUACUCUCUCUAUGGUGCUGGGAACAAUAAGUUUCUCUUAGAUCCAGAAAAUGGUGAGCUGAAAUCCUUGGCCGCUCUCGACCGUGAGAAAAUUCCCGUGUACAACCUGGUUGCCCGAGCUACAGAUGGUGGUGGCAGGUUUUGCCAAUCAGAAAUCCAUCUUAUUUUAGAAGAUGUUAAUGAUAAUCCACCAAUGUUUUCAUCUGAUCAUUACACUGCAUGUGUUUAUGAGAAUACAGCUACCAAAGCUUUGUUAACAAGAGUCCAAGCCACUGAUCCUGAUGUUGGUGUGAACAGAAAAGUUACCUAUUCCCUGGCUGACUCUGCAGAUGGUUACUUCUCUGUUGACCGGUCUUCAGGAAUUAUUAUUUUGGAGCAUCCACUUGAUAGAGAGCUUCAGUCUUCCUAUAACAUCACUGUAAAGGCCUCAGAUCAGAGCAUUGUGCUGACCUUGUCCUCAUUUGCCACCGUUACCAUUACUGUGCUAGACAUUAAUGACAAUCCCCCUGUGUUCGAAAGAAGAGAUUAUCUUGUUACAGUACCUGAAGACACCUCACCUGGCACUGAGGUCCUUUCUGUUUUUGCUACAAGCCAAGACAUUGGUACUAAUGCUGAGAUUGCCUAUCUCAUCAGAUCAGGGAAUGAGAAAGGGAAGUUCAGGAUUAACUCAAAAACAGGGGCGAUUUCUAUUUUUGAAGCUUUGGAUUAUGAAUCGUGUAAGGAUUUCUACUUAGUAGUGGAAGCAAAAGAUGGAGGUACUCCAGCCCUGAGCGCUGUUACGACUGUCAACAUCAACGUGACAGAUGUUAAUGACAAUGCACCGAAAUUCAGCCAGUUGGUCUACAGCGCCGUCAUCAGCGAGGACGCUGCUGUCGGGGACUCGGUGGUGAUGUUGAUUGCAGAAGAUCUGGACAGUCCUUCCAAUGGCCAGAUUCAUUUUUCCAUAGUGACUGGAGACCGAGACAAUGAAUUUUCAGUUGAUCCUCUUUCAGGACUUGUGAAGGUUAAAAAGAAAUUGGAUAGAGAAAGGAUAUCUGGUUAUUCAUUAGUUAUCGAGGCAAGAGACAGUGGCACCCCUCCUUUGUCUUCUUCUGCAACAGUCAACGUGGAUGUUUCCGAUGUGAAUGAUAAUAGUCCUGUAUUUACUCCAGCUAACUAUACAGCUGUAAUUCAAGAAAAUAAACCAGUGGGCACAAGCAUUUUGCAGCUGGUAGUGACAGACAAAGACUCUUUUCACAAUGGCCCCCCUUUUACCUUCACCAUCCUCACUGGCAAUGAAGAGGAGGAGUUCACACUGGACCCUCAUGGCAUCUUGAGAUCUGCAGUCAUCUUCAAGCACAUGGUUGCAACUGAAUAUGUGCUCUGUGUGCAGGCAAAAGACUCUGGGAAGCCUCAGCAGGUUUCCCAUACCUACAUUCAGGUGAGGGUCAUUGAAGAGAGCAUUCACAAACCGACUGCCAUCCCACUGGAGAUUUUCAUUGUCACCAUGGAAGAUGAUUUUCCUGGGGGAGUCAUUGGGAAAAUUCAUGCCACAGAUCAGGAUGUGUACGAUGUCCUCACAUAUACACUAAAAUCAGAGCAGAAAAGUUUGUUCAAGGUCAACAGCCACGAUGGGAAGAUCAUUGCCCUUGGAGGGCUUGAUAACGGCAAGUACAUCCUGAAUGUCUCCGUCAGUGACGGCCGGUUCCAGGUACCCAUCGACGUUGUGGUCCACGUUGAGCAAUUGCUGCAGGAAAUGCUGCAGAACACUGUCACCAUCCGGUUUGAGAAUGUUUCCCCAGAAGACUUCGUGGGCCUUCACAUGCACGGGUUCAGGCGUACCUUGCGAAACGCAGUGCUCUCCCAGAAACAGGACAGCUUGCACAUCAUCAGCAUCCAGCCGGUGGCAGGCAGCAACCAGCUCGACAUGCUGUUUGCAGUGCAGAUGCACAACAGUGGUUUCUAUAAGCCUGCCUAUUUGAUUCAGAAGCUUUCCAAUGCAAGGAGACACUUGGAAAAUGUGAUUCGUAUUUCUGCUAUCUUGGAGAAGAAUUGCUCCGGACUGGAUUGUCAGGAAAAACACUGUGAGCAAAGCCUAUCUAUUGAUUCCCAUUCCCUGAUGACCUAUAGCACGGCACGAAUCAGCUUUGUGUGCCCCCGCUUUUACAGGAAUGUGCGGUGCAUGUGCAAUGGAGGACUCUGCCCAGGCUCUAAUGAUCCCUGUCUGGAGAAGCCGUGUCCAGGGGACAUGCAGUGUGUGGGGUAUGAAGCAAACCGGAGACCAUUCAUCUGCCAGUGCCCACCAGGAAAGCUUGGCGAAUGCUCAGGCCACACUUCCCUUAGCUUUGCUGGGAAUAGCUACAUUAAAUACCGAGUUUCUGAAAACAGCAAGAAAGAGGAAUUCAAGUUGGCUCUCCGUCUGCGAACACUGCAAAGCAAUGGGAUUAUAAUGUACACCAGAGCUAAUCCCUGUAUAAUUCUGAAGAUUGUCGACGGCAAACUGUGGUUCCAGUUGGACUGUGGAAGUGGCCCGGGAAUCCUGGGAAUUUCUGGCAGGGCCAUUAAUGAUGGAAGCUGGCAUUCUGUCUUUCUGGAGCUGAAUCGCAAUUUCACCAGCUUGUCCCUGGACGACAGCUACGUGGAGCGCCGCAAAGCCCCCCUCUAUUUCCAGACCCUGGGCACGGACAGCUCGGUCUACUUCGGCGCCCAGGUGCAAGUGGAUAACGUCCGCAGCCUGACGGACAAGAGGACAACGCAGGUCUUGAGCGGCUUUCAGGGCUGCCUGGAUUCCGUUGUCCUCAAUAACAACGAGCUGCCGCUCCAAAACAAGCGCAGCAGCUUUGCAGAAGUGGUUGGCCUGACGGAAUUGAAGCUUGGCUGCGUCCUCUACCCCGAUGCCUGCGAGAGGCAUCCCUGCCAGAACGGCGGCACCUGUACCCGCCUGCCAUCUGGUGGGUACCAGUGCAAUUGCCUCUCCCAGUUUACAGGAAGGAAUUGUGAAUCAGAAAUCACGGCCUGCUUCCCAAAUCCCUGCCGGAAUGGAGGAUCAUGCGAUCCCAUUGGCAAUGCUUUCAUCUGCAGCUGCAAAAAUGGCCUGACUGGAGUAACGUGUGAAGAAGACAUCAAUGAGUGCGAAAGAGAAGAAUGUGAAAAUGGUGGUUCCUGUGUCAACAUAUUUGGUUCAUUUCUGUGUAACUGCACCCCUGGUUAUGUGGGGCAGUACUGCGGUCUCCGCCCCGUGGUGGUUCCCAACAUACAAGCUGGGCAUUCCUACGUCGGCAAGGAGGAGCUGAUAGGAAUCGCCGUGGUGCUCUUUGUCAUAUUUCUGUUGAUCGUCCUCUUUAUUGUUUUUCGCAAGAAAGUUUUCAGGAAGAACUAUUCCCGCAACAACAUCACACUGGUACAGGACCCGGCUACUGCCGCCCUGCUCAACAAGAGCAACGGCAUCCAGUUCAAGAACGUCAGGAGCAGCGGGGACAGCAGAAAUAUUUACCAAGAGGUUGGGCCUCCGCAGGUCCCAGUGAGGCCAAUGGCCUAUACCCCGUGCUUCCAGAGUGACUCAAGGAAUAACCUGGACAAGAUAGUGGAUGGGCUUGGUGUGGAGCACCAGGAGAUGACGACCUUUCAUCCUGAGUCCCCUCGAAUCCUGACGGCCCGGCGGGGGGUGGUGGUGUGCAGCGUCGCACCAAACCUGCCCGCUGUGUCUCCCUGUCGCUCUGACUGCGACUCCAUCAGGAAGAGCACAUGGGAUGCUGGGUUGGAAAGUAAAGGGGUUGAUGACGCUGAAGAAGUGACCUGUUUUUCAGGAAGUAAUAAAGGCAGCAACUCUGAAGUACAGUCACUCAGCUCCUUCCAGUCUGAUUCUGGUGAUGAUAAUGCGUAUCAUUGGGAUACCUCUGACUGGAUGCCAAGUGCUCGCUUGUCCGACAUUGAGGAAGUGCCCAACUUUGAGACAGCGGAUGGAGGCUCAGCUCAUCACGGCAGUACCAGAGAGCUGGAAACAGAUUACUACCUUGGUGGCUACGACAUUGAUAGUGACUACCCUCCCCCUCACGAAGAGGAGUUUUUAACCCAGGACCAGUUACCCCCUCCUCUUCCAGAGGAUUACCCAGACCAAUAUGAAACCCUCCCGCCCUCACAGCCGCUCUCAAUGGCAAGUACGCUCAGUCCCGACUGCAGGCGACGGCCACACUUCCACCCCAGCCAAUACCUCCCUCCCCACCAGUUCCCCAAUGAGACAGACACCACGGGGUCUCAGACUGGGAAUGAAUUUAGUACUUUUGCUGUUGGCCCAAGCCAGAACACAGAAAACGUUAGUGCAGGUAAGAUGCCCUUAUCCUUGCACAAUUCUCUAGAUGCCUCCUCCUCAGAUGUCUCGGCCAGCUGUGGCUUUGAUGACUCCGAAGUAGCCAUGAGUGACUAUGAAAGCGUGGAGGAACUCAACCUAGAAAAUGUUCACAUUCCAUUUCUGGAGACCCAGCAUCAGACACAAGUGUAA